UUUUGAGGGAGUUACAAAAUGCCUUUAUUUUGGAAAAAAAAAACUGAUUUAAUGUAGGGAACGGAAGUUGCUGACUGCUGGCGCAUGCGCAAACCGAUCGAGCGACAAGAUGGCAGACUGAGCGGCGUUGACUUUCUGGAUAAGUUUCCAAUUUAAGCUCUUAUAGCAAGGAAUGUCUCAAGCAAAGUAUUUUCUAAAAAAAAAACACCCACCGCACAGAAGUUGAGUUUUGGAGUGAUGGAGUGUUACCUGAGGUGAAGAUUGAAGACGCGACAGAAGAUGGACGACUACUGCUAUGCUAAGAUGGUGACGUCAUGUCAAAGAGAACAUGAAAGACAAUCAGCAACCAAAAAAAAGACCAAAGAUGAAGACAUCCAGCAGCUGUUUGGUCAUCCAGAAGAACUGACAGGAGGGAGCUCCACUUUGAAGCAGGAGACUCCACAGCCACCCAACUUUAAAAAGGAAGAGGAGGAACUCCGGAUCACUCAGGAGGAAGCUGAUCUCACCAAGUUUCCACUGACUGUUGUCUCUGUGAAGAUUGAAGAGAAACCACAAGUAGACAACCUCUUAGCGCCACUAUCAGAUAGUGAAGCUAAAGACGAGGUUGAAGUACCUUUGAGCAGCGAUACAGACUGUGAAGGUGAUAUGAGGACUCACGCUGACAACAAACACUUUGAAUCCUCUAAAGAGAAGAGAGGUAAACAAUGUUUCAGCUGCUCAGUUUGUGAUAAAAUGUUUACUCGAAAGAGAGAUUUGACUCAACACAUAAGAACACACACAGGGGAAAAACCAUUCAGCUGUUCAGUUUGCAGUAAAAGCUUUUCUCAAAAAAGCAACUUGACUCCACACAUGAGAACGCACACAGGUGAAAAAACAUUUAGUUGUUCAGUUUGUGGUCAGUGCUUCACUCUAAAAUGCAAUUUGACUCAUCACGUGAGAACGCACACGGGCGAAAAAACCUCUCUUUGCUCUGUUUGUGGUCAAAGCUUUUCUCAAAAAAGCAAUUUGACUCAACACAUGAGAACGCACGACGGCCAGAAACCAUUUGGUUGUUCAGUUUGUGGUAAAAGCUUUUCUCAAAAGAGUAGCUUGACUCUGCACAUGCGCACGCACACGGGACAAAAAACGUUCAAUUGCUCAGUUUGUGGCAAAGGUUUCUCUCAAAAGGGCAGUUUGACUCGACACAAGACGACACACACAGGAGACAAACCCUUUAAUUGUUCGGUUUGUGGUAAAGGUUUUUCUCAAAAGAGCGGCUUGACUAAGCACCUGAGACGACUCAAUGAAGAAAAACCAUUUAGUUGCUCAGUUUGUGGUAAACAAUUUCAUCUUAAUGCAGAUGCAUUAAAACACAUAAAAACACACACGCAGGAAUAACAGAUCACCAAUGUAGUUUAUAAUAAGUUAGUCGUAAGUAACAACAUCCAUCCAAACCCAAGAACCCAUAAACCUCCCAUCAGUGGGCAUCCCAAUGAGAGCAGACAUUGUACAGUAAGUGUUUGUUUAUUAUGUUUGUAGUUUAGAUUAGAUUAGAUUAGAUAGUACUUUAUUUAUUCCGUCAGGAGAGUUCCUUCAGGAAAAUUACAAUUUUCAGCACAAUCCCAUUCAAGAUCAGACAAACAUUACAGGGAGACAGAACAGGAUCGCUGACGGGUCUGCCGGCUUCCAGCGCCCCUUACAAAAAAGAUGACAUACAGGCAUAUCUUGUGCAGCACUCAGCAAUACCGCAUUUGCUAGUCCAGAAAGGACCGGUUGCUAUUUUUAAAAAUAAAUACUUUUCACACAAAAGCCGUACCAAAUCUGAUGAAAUAUCUUAGGAAUUCUGAAAUAAGUACUCCCCAAAAUUCCUAUUUGAACCAUUUCAACAGGCACUGUAUGGGGCCUUUUUUAUUUGACUUCUUGCCAGGAAUACACUUGUUUGCUCACAAUAUGAUCGGGUCCUCAAGCAAAUAUUUAAAAAAUAUAUUUAAACAGCACCUUUAACAGUGGGGCAACAAAGUAUUUAGUCAGCCAAAGGUUUUGUGCAAGUUCUCCCACUUAAAAUGAUGACAGAGGUCUGUAAUGUUCAUCAUAGGUACACUUCAACUGUGAGAGACAGAAUGUGGAAAAAAAAUCCAGGAAUUCACAUUGUAGGAAUUUUAAAGAAUUUAUUUGUAAAUUAUGGUGGAAAAUAAGUAUUUGGUCACUUCAAACAAGGAAGAUCUCUGGCUCUCACAGACCUGUAACUUCUUCUUUAAAAGGCUCUUCAGUAUUAAUGGCACCUUACCCAAGCAAAGUUUCCUAAAAAAUGUCAUUUUUGCCUCUUUGGGCUGAAAUUUGACCCCCUUAAAAUGUUUCAAAGUCCAAGUUAAAGCUCUACUAUGCGAAUUUAAAGCCAUUUAUCAACAACAUCCAGAAAAGCCGAUUUGUAAUUUGACCCCCUUAACAUGCGUCAAAACUCACCAAAUUUUACACACACAUCAGGACUGGCAAAAAUUGCCAUCCAAUAAAAAACCUAACCCCAAAAAUCAAAAUAUCGCUCUAGCGCCCCCUAGGAAAAAACACAGACAAAACUGCUUGUAACUGCUGUUAGGAAUGUCGUAGAGACGUGUAACAAAAACCUCUAUGUAGGUCUGACUUAGACCAGGGCUUGGGUCGCGGGGGCAGCAGCCAAAGGCAGACCCGACCAACGCUGCUUGCAGCUUUAAUUGAACUUGUUAUCUGUAUGUCUUCUCAGCUGAUCCUCGCUCGCUUUCAGUCGGCCGCUUUGUCGCUGUCUUCGGCUCGCUGUCUGUCGCUCUCGGUACUCAGGUUCUCCACCUCCUUCUGCCCUGAUCACUCCUCCUUAUUCCCUUUUAUGCAGCGCAAGGAAAAAUGUUAAUCGUUCCCCGGUGUGUGAGCAACACAGCUUAAUUAGAUUGCGGCGGCGUCGCUCCCGGCACGCCCCGUCUCUCCGCUCCGGCGCUUUCUCCGCCUCCUUGCCGCCAUCUUGGGCAGGGCUCCUGCGUGCCCGGCCGUCGGCUCUGCCUAUCCACAACAUCGUUCAUAUUAUGUUUUUUUCUUAUGAUUAUAGCCUAAUAAUCCAUUCAUCCAUUUUCUACCGCUUGUCAGUUUUGGGGUAGCAGGGGGUGCUGGAGCCUAUCUCUGCUGCAUUCGGGCGGAAGGCGGGGUACAUCCUGGACAAGUCGCACCUCAUCACAGGGCCAAGACCAAUGUAUUUCCUCCAUUUAUUCAUUCUCACAAUAAUCUUACUUAUCACAUAAAACAUAACUUAUUUCACCAAUUAUUUAUUUAUUUUUAUUGUGAUUACUUAUGGAUUGUAUUGUGUAUAAAUUGAGAACAGGAAGUGAACAAAAGUUUUAGCAACUGUUAUGUAAAAGAAAAGGGGUAGAAUUAAAUAAGCUCUGCUUCUUCCUGCUCCUUUUCGAACAUGUUGAGAAGAGAAACUGGACAUUGUGAUGGAUCAUGUUGUAUGCACGCUUCGUCCAAAUAAACACAAACUCAAACAGAGAUAGACAACAUUCACACUCUAGGGACCAUUUAGUGUUGCCGAUCAAGGUGCAUGUCUUUGGAGGUGGGAGGAAGCCACGCAGUCACGGGGAGAACAUGCAAACUCCACACAGAAAGAUCCAGAGCUCGUGAAUUUUAAAAUAUUUUCUGCAAUUUAUGCCCUUUUUUGACUUGUAUUUUACAUGCUUUUGGAUGAAAGAAUGUUGGUUUAAUUUUCACAAUGUAGAUCAGGGGUCUCAAACAAGCGUCUUGUGGGCCAAUUGCGACCCACGAGACGUUAUUUUGCGGCCCUCACCUCGAUAUAGUGUGGCCCGCGAGUUUUAGAAGAAUGGCGCUUGACAGCGUUGUGUUAUUUGGCUCCAAAAUGGCUCUUUCAACGUUCUGGGUUGCCUACCCCUGCGUUAGUGGAAAAGCGGCAAAUGAGUGAAAGCGGCAGAGACGUUGCCAUGGAGACGAGGGUUUUCUGUAGGGCUGUGAAUCUUUGGGUGUCCCACGAUUCGAUUCAAUGUCUAUUCUUGGGGUCACGAUUCGAUUCAAAAUCAAUUUUUUUUCAAUUCAACACGAUUCUCGAUUCAAAAACGAUUUUUUCCCGAAUUGAAAGGAUUCUGUAUUCAUUCAAUACAUACAUUUCAGCGGGAUCUAACCCAGUCUGCUGACAUGCAAGCAGAGUAGUAGAUUUUUGUAAAAAGCUUUUAUAAUUGUUAAAGACAAUGUUUUAUCAACUGAUUGCAAUAAUGUAAAUUUGUUUUAACUAUUAAACGAAUCAAAAAUAUGACUUAUUUUAUCUUUGUGAAAACAUUGGACACAGUGUGUUGUCAAACUUAUGAGAUGCCAUGCAAGUGUAAGCCACUGUGACACUUUAUUUUUAUUUUUAUAAAUGUCUAAUGAUAAUGUCAAUGAGGGAUUUUUAAUCACUGCUAUGCUGAAAUGAUAACUAAUAUUGAUACUGUUGUUGAUAAUAUUCAUUUUUGUUUCACUACUUUUGGUUUGUUCUGUGUCGAGUUUGUGUCUUUAUUGCAGUUCUGAGUGUUGCUGGGUCAGGUUUGGUUUUGGAAUUGGAUUGCAUUGUUAUGGUAUUGCUGUGUAUUGUUUUGUUAGAUUGAUUAAUAAAAUAUUUUUAAAAAAAAGGAGAAAUGAUUCUGAAUCGCACAAAGUGAAAAUCGUGAUUCGAAUUCAAAUCGAUUUUUUUUCCCACACCCAUAGUGAAGUGAAGUGAUUUAUAUUCAUAUAGCCCGUUUUCUCUAGUGACUCAAAGCGCUUUACAUAGUGAAACCCAAUAUCUAAUUUUUACAUUUAAACCAGUGUGGGUGGCACUGGGAGCAGGUGGGUAAAGUGUCUUGCCCAAGGACACAACGGCAGGGACUAGGAUGGCGGUAGGGGGGAUCGAACCUGCAACCCUCAAGUUGCUGGCACAGCUGCUCUACCAACCGAGCUUACAUGCCUGGCUGCAGUCACACCGCGACACCUGUCCGUCAGUAAUACCAGUCCCCAGUAACCUGGACCAAUUCAAACCGUUAUUUGUUUUUUUAUUGUUUAAUUUGCAUUGCCUCACACGAUGAACACUACAUAUAUUUCUAUAUGACGGCGGAUAACACUCCGGGAACCGUCACUUUUUUUGCGCUCCCUAUCCAGGUACUUUCCCGGCUAUUACCCGCCAACCGCCGUGUUGCUGUAGGGAGGGAAAGCGGGACGACACACAUUGCGGAAGUAACAUAAUUCUCAGUGCGUCGGCUAAGUACAAAUAUAUUCCACAACCCCAAACACGUCUUUUUCAAAGCCUGCAGUGAAAGGAAAGGUUAGUGGUGAGCAAAGACAAUUCCAGGAAAAGCAGGGGAUGCAAUAUUUCUUUGUUGAGCACAUUGGCACAGAGAAAGUUGCGGUGCACAAGGAAUACAAUUUGAAACGUCAUUAUACAACUAGACAUUGAUUGAUUGAUUGAUACUUUUAUUAGUAGAUUGCACAGUUCAGUACAUAUUCCGUACAAUUGACCACUAAAUGGUAACAUCCCAAUAAGUUUUUCAAUUCAUGGUACAAAUAUAUACUAUCAACAUAAUACAGUCAUCACACAAGUUAAUCAUCAUAGUAUGUACAUUGUAUUAUUUACAUUAUUUACAAUCCGGGGGGUGGGAUGAGGAGCUUUGGUUGAUAUCAGAACUUCAGUCAUCAACAAUUGCAUCAACAGAGAAAUGUGGACAUUGAAACAGUGUAGGUCUUAUUUAGUAGGAUAUGUACAGCCAGCAGAGAACAUAGUGAGUUCACAUAGCAUAAGAACAAGUAUAUACAUUAGAAGUACAUUUGAGUUGUUUAUAAUCCGGGGAGAUGGGAUGUGAAUGGAGGAGGGUAUUAGUAAAGUGUUGAAGUUACCUGGAGGUGUUGUUUUAGAGCGCUUUUGAAGGAGGAUGGAGAUGCACUUACUUUUACACCUGUUGGGAGUGCAUUCCACAUUGAUGUGGCAUAGAAAGAGAAGGAGUUAAGACCUUUGUUAGAUCGGAAUCUGGGUUUAACGUGGUUUGUGGAGCUCCCCCUGGUGUUGUGGCUAAGGAUGCUGAGGAGUGUGCAACAUUUUUUUCAAAGAAAUCUUUUCUCGCGACCCAGCCUCACCCAGACUCUGCAUCCAGUGGCCCCCAGGUAAUUUGAGUUUGAGACCCCUGAGGUAGAUUAUUUGAAGUUGAUCAGUUCAGUUCAUCAAGAUACCAUGAAUUGAUUAAACAAGUUGAAAAACUUAUUGGGGUGUUACCAUUUAGUGGUCAAUUGUACGGAAUAUGUACUGUACUGUGCAAUCUACUAAUAAAAGU